AUGCUUCCCUCGAGGGCUGUGACCGUCACCUGCCUCCACCUUGCCGUCUUCAUCCUCUGCUUCCAGCUCGCGGCUCCUCAGAAAGGACGGAAGAAAGUUGUGCAUGUCUCAGAGGAUGACAGUGGUGCCGUCGUGGUGCAGACGGCGCCGGGGAAGGUGGUCACCCACCGGGGCGGCACCAUCAUCCUGCCUUGCCGCUUCCACUACGAUGUCUCGGCCCACGACCCUGACGAGAUCCGCCUGAAGUGGACCAAGCUGGUGGAGCCCAUGGCCUUUGAGGACGUCUUUGUGGCGAUGGGCGUGGAGCGCAGGGCUUUUGGGAGCUACAGGGGCCGCACGGCGCUGCAGGAGGACGGCUCUGGGGACGCCUCCCUCAUCAUCCGGAACGUGACCCUCCAGGACUACGGCCGCUACGAAUGCGAGGUGACCAAUGAGCUGGAGGACGAUGCAGGGAUGGUGAACCUGGACUUGGAAGGGGUGAUCUUCCCUUACCAUCCCCGCCUGGGGCGCUACAGCCUGAACUUCCACGACGCCCAGCAGGCGUGCCUAGAGCAGGAUGGGAUCCUGGCUUCCUACGACCAGCUCCACGAAGCCUGGCUGGAGGGAAUGGAUUGGUGCAACGCUGGCUGGCUGCAGGACGGCUCGGUGCAGUACCCCAUCUCCAAGCCGCGGGAUGAGUGCGGGCGGAAGGAGACCCCCGUCGGGGUGCGCAAUUACGGCUACCGCCACAAAGACGACGAGCGUUACGACGCCUUCUGCUUCACUUCGAAUCUGGACGGCAAAGUCUACUUCCUCAAGACCUACCGCAAGCUGAGCUUCCCGGAAGCCGUCCAGGCGUGCAAGAAGAACGGAGGCUCCGUGGCCAAAGUCGGCCAGCUCUACGCUGCCUGGAAGAUCCAGCUCUUGGACAAGUGUGAGGCUGGCUGGGUGGGCGACGGCAGCAUCCGCUACCCCAUUGUCAACCCGAGAACCCGCUGCGGGGGCCGCGAGCCGGGCGUCCGCAACCUGGGCUUCCCCGACAAGAAAUACAAGCUCUUUGGCGUCUAUUGCUACAGAAGCGCCACCAGUGGGGGGUCCAAGAAGGCUGCUAAGGAAGGAGCAGGCAAGCGGAAACCUUUGCAGGUGUAA